GUAAUUUUUUAGACUAAUUUUUUUUAACCAUAGGCUAUUAGCCUUGGAAAUUGGCGUAAUAAUCUGAAAAAUACCGUGAAAUCAUUACUUCAGUGUUCUGAUUUAAUUUUUAUUUCUGUUCAAUAUAGUUGCAGCUGGGUGUUGCCCCAUCAGGUAACAGGAACCAGCUAAGAUUAUUCCGAGUUGGUAUGAGACUAGAAGCUAAAGACAGAGCCAAUCCUGCCCUCAUUUGUGUAGCUACAAUAACUGAUAUUAACGAUAAUAAAUUACUCAUUCAUUUUGAUGGCUGGUCAAACCGGUACGACUACUGGUGUGAUCCGGAUACAGUUGAUAUCCACCCGAUAGGCUGGUGUGCUAAUAAAGGAAUACACCUUCAACCACCUCAUGGUCGGCAUGGUCGGUUUACUUGGGAGGUAUAUCUACAGGAGGUUGGAGCAGAGAGAGUGCCAGAUGAGGCCUUCACACCAGCUCAAAGACAAUAAUUAUUAUUAUUGGUGUAGUGGAGUUUUACUGUUUUAGCAGUUGACUUUUGUGUAUUUAGGUAUAAAUAUUACACAUUUUUAACUCGUAACUAUUACUAUUAUCAUUGACAUUUUUACUUCUUUGAUUUUUACUUUGUGAUUGGCCAACUCAUGAUUUAUAUAACA